GGCGGUGUUGGCGGGCGGACCGGGCCGGGUCUGCCGUGCCCGCCUUGGGGCGCUCGGCGGGGCCUGCUGCGUGAGGGGAACUGCAGCGGCGGAGCGAAGGUACUGACACAGAGAAAGCUGCUCUGUGUCGGGGACAAUUUUUCACUGACUUUCUCCUCAGCAUAUACUGAAAAGCGAAAUGUCCUCGAAGAAGAAAAUAAAGAAGACUCAUCCAAGCUCUAAAUCAGAGGAACACAAAGCCAGUUCCAAUCUUCAACGGAAAUCAAUUCUGCUUGAGGAACCAGAUAUCUCAAGGAUAUUGAAGGUAGCGGAAACAAAAGACCUGGAGGAGCUUGACGAAUCCUUUGAUCACCCUUUGCACAGUACUGCUGUGGAUGCUUAUGGAGAGGAACAUUCACAAAACGAGUCACUUGGUCAUGUUUCAGCACUGCAAAGGAAAAAUACAGAAAGAAGUAAAAAAAAGCGUCGCUCCAAGACAUCUGAUGGUGAUGGGCAGAUACCCAAAAUAGCUGAUGCUGGAGAUGGACCCCUUAAGGAGACUGUGAAGGGUCUGAAUGCUACUCAGUUCCAGGCGAAAAGGAAGCAACCUUCAGAGGAGAGCACGUCAGACCCUUCUGUGGAUAGCCCGCAUUCUGUACAGGUUUGGUGUCCCAAAGAGCUGAAGAGAUCUCCUAGAGAUAUUACAGAACUGGAUGUUGUUCUGGCUGAAGUUGAGAAGAUAGCAGCAAAUUACAGACAAAGCAUAGAAUCAAACAUUUGCAGAAAGGCUAUUGAUGACUUCUGUUCUGCUUUCAAGGGCCAAAUCACCGAUCUUAUAGCGGGAGUCCAGGAAUUAAAGAAUAUGAAGAGAAAAAAUGCGAAGGCUCUAACAAGCAUCAAAAAGAAAAGGCAGCGACUGGUGCAGCUCCAAGAAGAGCUAUUUGGAGCUGAACCACAACUGACACAACUACAAAGAGAAUAUGCUGAGAUAAAGGAAAGGAAAUCUUCCUUGAGGCAAACAAUUGAAUUACUUACUGAUUUAAAGGAGCUACAGCAAGACUGCUUGGAUUAUAGAGAAGAAAACCCAAAAGAAAAAAUGGUAUAUGGAACUUCCAGCCUCCCUGCUCUUCUGAUGGAGUCACGGAGAAUUCUAGGAGCAGAAAGACACUUUCAGAAUAUUAAUACAAAACUGGAAGAGGCUCUGGCUCUACAAAGAAAGAGGUUAUCAAAGAAAGACUAAGUGUUUUUUAAGACUUUCUGACAUUUUUAAAAACAAUCAUUAGAAUGGUAGUGCUUAAAGCGUGAUUAAUCAUUGUUGCUCUAUUUUGUUUCCAUGUUUGAAAGUCAGUGACUUGAUCGAGAUUACCUUUCUAUUGUCAAAUUGUCUCAGUGUCAGUGAAAUGACUGAAAUAUUAAUCCCACUUAAAGUAAUAAAACUUUUCUGUGCUUGUGAACAAUGUUGGGUUUUCAUCUUGUGCUAUUAAAGUAAUGCGAUCUUGACAGCAACAUAUACUUUUAAAGAGAACACAGAGACUUUGGCUGAUCUAUUUACAG